AUGGCUCACAAGGACACGGACACAAACAAGUUCGUGGUGCAAGUACCACUCAAGAGCACACAGGCAUACAAGUUUGAGUUCACGCCAGCUGCUCCUGGCAUGAUUCGCAUUCGCGUUAAGCCCCUCUGCGAACAUGACUUGGCAGCAGAAUCGACGCAUGAAACCACCAAGCAGGCUGGGUUCGACUACAGCCUCUCCCUCGGCUUAUCUGAUGCUGCAACACCAGCCCCAAGCUCGCCCUGCUUUCCAGGUUUCGCCUCAACCAGGAGGAAGAGGGCUCAAACAGAGAGAUCGAGUCAAUCUGGGCCUGUGGAAGAUGCUUGUGACCCGGCACCAAGUCAAUCUGGCCUGGUGGAAGAUGCUUGUGACCUGGCACCAAUCCCAGCUGUUGUUUUGUCAUCUCUUGUUAAUCACCUCACCCCCUGGCCUAACGAGAAACAGAAACACCAGUAG